GUGCCCUUUGACCUCCCUGCUGGGAUUUUGAAACUCAAUCAACCAUAAACCUGCCAUGGUGUAAACAGCGUUUGUACGGGGCUAGCGAGGAGACAGAAAAACCGCCGAUCUUGCCCGGAUUUCAUGGCCGUGCUCCGGUCUCCACACAGCGGGCUGCCUCCGGGACCGUCCCGGGAGGACCUCGAGGAUGAACCGAGCCUCGAGGACAUCAUCUUCAGCCUGGGGCUGGAGCUGGGCGGCCCGGCGGUGGAUGGGGAGGGCAGCGGCGGGGAAACGUCCUCGACUAACGACUCCUUCCGACCGCAGAGACUCAGUAACUCCUUCGGACACGUCUUGUCGCCUCCACCAGUCUCUUCUGUAGACGCUGAUGUCUUCCUUAGCAAGCCACUUCCGUCCCAAGAUGAUGUAGGAUCGUCUUUAGGUGCUAGAGUCGGCGGGAACAGCGAGGAAGUGUCAAGACGGAACGGAACUCAGCAAACGCAGCAGAGUGGCAUUUCCACCAAUCACAGAGAGGAGCCCCCGUCACCCUCCGGUCACCAGCCCUCCAGACUAUUGUCCAGAUUUUAUGACGACCUGAGAAAAAAGAACCCAGCGCUGUUUGAAAAGCAUGACAGAUCAUCAAUAGGGGAAAGUCCAGUAUCACCAAGGUCGGAGGUCACAUCCCCAAGGUCAGAGUUGAAUCAUGGGACUGAAACAGACAGUAGGGGGAGGAGGAGAGCGGGAUCGCUCGCUCGGUCCGACAGUGGGCACAGCGUCGCGGAGAGCUACUCCAGUCGGGGGAGCGACGAGAGCCGCAUGUCGUUGAAGGAACGACUGGAAAAGAACAAGCAGAACAUGCAGGAAUUGCUGUCCAGGCAACCGUUUCCUCCAAAGUGCUUGUCCAGAAGUCGCGAGAACCUGAUGGCGAGUAGAGGAAGAUCUGAGUCGGACCCUUUUUCAGAACGGAGGGAACUAACGUCAACUCCGGAAUUGAGAACUGCAGGAAAUUCUCUCUCGCCAAGACAGACUCCGAGUCCGAACCAAAGACCCUCCCACGGUGUGAGACAGAGUGCAAGCUCCAGCGACUUGCCAGCCAGAGGAUAUCACUUGCCACAGACACAGGUGCCAGCGGCAGACUUGCAGCAGCUAAGACUAGCCCGGACCAGGAGUCCUGACUCCCACCAUGACAGUGCAGUAGACAUGGACUCUGUCUCUCUACAGUCAGGACAAGGUCCAACUGAACAGUCGUCAGAGGGACUGUCCAAUGGGUCGGAACCGUACCAUUAUCACAGAGGUUAUCACACUGCAGACAGCGAUGCAGACUCCGGUAUCUCCCGUCCACACCGCCCAGCAGUUCAGAGGAGUACUGCAGCGUCCUCACCAGAUGAUUCUGAUCCGUCCACAAGGCACAGAGGCAAUCAGAGGGUUCGAGAGCGUCCACUCUCAGCCAAUCACAGAGAGGCACUACGGCUGCUACAGCAAGCACGGUCAAAGGCAACGCCACUGAAAGCUGACCACUCAAUCCGUCCUGUUGUAACCAGUCCCAAAGACAGUCCACAUGGCAUUGAUAGCUACUUACAACAGGGUGCUCGUCCCAAGAAUGGUAUUCUACAAAACGGGAACAGCGGCCAUCUUGGCAAAUCUGGUCACGGCAGCGACCGUGAAAACUAUCCGCCUGGAAAUAACCACAGGACUUCCCGUAAGAGCCAGCGGAACGGCGAGACAGCCCGCGUACGAUUCAUGGAUGAUGUGGGAGUGAGUUCUGAUGGAGAUGUUCAGAAUGGAGUUGUGGAGGGACCUUUGGGUGCGCUGGCCACGGAGGGGGACGUACGUGUCACGAAUAGAGAAAACAAGAGGAACAGGAAACGGAACGGUUCCCAUGGCAACCGUUCGCCAAGUCCCUGGUCGGAAAGGAACGGUGCGUUGAUCCAUGAGGAGAUCAUUCAAACAGACAAUUUCAUAUUGCCAGAUACGUACAUCGGUAGUAGCCCCGAAGGUUCAGAACGUCAGGAUACACCGUCUCCAAGAAAACACAAUAGUCAGUCUCCAACAAGUUACAAUUCUCCACCUGAAAGAUAUCAGAAUUCUCCUUCCCCAAGGAAUCACAGCCAUCAAAAUGUUCAAGUUCAGGUGCACUCGUCAAGCCAAUCUGACAGCACAAUGUCCAACGGGAGUCUGUCGUCACACGGGAGAGCCCCGAGACAGUCCAGUAGAACUGACCGAUAUAACCCCUCCUCAAAGCAAAGCCCAGCCAAUCAAAGGCCAGACAAUAAAGGAAUGGAGCGACAUCAAGAAUCCGACCCGCGCCCGCGUAGGAAAUCCCCCGAUGUCAAUGGUACUUACAGAAGUUCUUCAGUUUCUCCUCCAAACAUUGGUAUUGAAGAUGCUUACAGAACGGUUGAUCUUAACAAUGGUAGAAAUAGUAGAAAUUCAAGACAACCGUCAGGACUACAAAGUUUAAGAGAAGGGAGAGCACAAGAUGACAAACUGCUCAGAACAAGUUAUGUUGGGGUCUCACCAGAUUCCUUGAAGACAUCAGAACCAGAGUAUGCCACUGUCGAUAAGACAAGGAAGCAGAGGAGAGGGACGGAACGACCUGAGUCAGCAAAGUCGGCAGGGUCAUCGUCCUCAAGUAACCCCUGUGUUGUGGAAGAGGUGGAUGUUGGGAUAGAAUCUAUUGCUAAACCUAAGGAGAAGAAGAGAGGGAACACAAGGGAUCUGACAGGAUUCCCAGAUGAAGAUCUGCGUUCUUCCCGAUCCUCGCUGUUCGACAGAAUGCAAUCCUUUGGAAAGGCUUCCAAGAAGAAGUUUCACUCCCUGCGGCGAGCGGUCAGCAUGCAGGCUCUUGACCGUCCAAACUCGCCGGCCGAGCCCGAGGCCAAACUGAAAAAGACUCCGUCCCUAAUGUCGUUGAAGAAGACUCCGUCGCUUCGUUCCUUGACCAAUCUGAGCUUCCGGCGAAAGAAGGACAUUGACCGUUCCCGUCAGUACAUGGUGGAAGAUGACUUGCACCGGGACACGAAAGCGAGAACGAGUGACAGGAGAAGGCUCCGACCCAGCAGUGCCAAGAGUGACAGCGUCUCUUCGGGAAGGUAA